AUGAAAUCUACAGACCCUUCACUAAAGCUUUGGGGUGGACGUUUUACAACGAAGAUCGAUCCUUUAAUGGAUAAAUUCAAUGCCUCGUUACCCUACGAUUAUAGAAUGUAUAGGGCGGACUUGCAGGGUACGAAGGUAUAUACCGAAGGACUCCAAAAAGUGGGGUUGCUUACCCCAGGUGAAUUGGAGAAUAUCCAUAAAGGAUUGAGACAGAUUGACAAGGAAUGGAGCGAUGGUACUUUUGAAAAGAAGCCCGAUGAUGAGGAUAUCCAUACAGCCAAUGAGCGUCGUUUGGGUGAGAUAAUUGGGCAAAACAUUGCAGGUAAGGUACAUACGGGAAGAUCUCGUAAUGACCAAGUUGCUACGGAUAUGAGGAUUUACUGUCGUGAGGUUAUUUAUGAUACAAUAUUCCCUACUAUCGAGCGUCUGAUCAAGGUUCUGAUUCUCAGAGCCAGGGAGGAGAUAGACGUACUGAUGCCGGGGUAUACGCACUUGCAACGUGCACAACCCAUCAGGUGGUCCCAUUGGCUGUCUUGCUAUGCCACUUACUUCAGUGAAGACUUUGAUAGGCUGAAACAGCUUGUCACUAGACUGAACAAAUCGCCUCUAGGGGCCGGCGCUCUUGCUGGACAUCCCUAUAUGAUUGACAGAGAGUAUUUAGCGGAAGGUUUGGGAUUUCAAGGUGUUAUUGGCAACUCGUUGGUCGCUGUAUCAGAUCGUGAUUUUGUAGUCGAGAUAAUGUUCUGGAGCACCUUGUUCAUGAACCAUUUGUCUAGAUUUGCAGAAGAUCUAAUUAUUUAUUCAACUGUGGAGUUUGGUUUUGUGAAGCUUGCGGAAUCUUACUCCACGGGAUCCUCUUUAAUGCCACAGAAGAGGAAUCCCGAUUCCCUUGAGCUACUCAGAGGUAAGUCUGGAAGGGUAUUUGGCCAGUUGUCAGGGCUGCUGAUGACAAUGAAAUCAAUACCAUCAACUUACAAUAAAGACAUGCAGGAAGAUAAGGAGCCGCUAUUUGACUGUUUGACCACAGUUGAGCACUGCUGUACAAUUGCAGCCGGGCUAAUUUCCACUCUUACUGUGAAUCAAGAGAACAUGCACAAGGCUUUGACUGUCGAGAUGUUGGCUACCGAUCUAGCCGAUUACUUGGUAUUGAAAGGUGUGCCAUUCAGGGAAACUCACCACAUAUCUGGAACAUGUGUUGCAUUUGCAGAAAAGAACGGUCUUUCCGGAAUUGACAAGAUUACGCUGAAACAAUUCCAAAACAUUGAUCCAAGAUUCGAAGAAGACGUUUUUGAGGUCUUCGACUUCGAAAAGUCGGUCGAGAAGAGAAGCUCGCUAGGAGGAACUGCUAAAAGUGCAAUAAUAAAACAAUUAGACGCUUUAACAAUGCAGCUAAUGAAUACAUAA